AUGGGUCGUUUGGAGAGGAGCCUUGAAGAAGAUGUUGCGCGCAAGACGGAAAUAAACUUGAGAAAUACUGCAAGCUUUUCCAGGGUUGGUACACUCCCUGGUCAGGAACAGUCAAGCGACCAAGAAGACGACGAGGACACUAAGGAUCUACGGCCGACACAUCUCGUUACUGAAGAUGCAGCUUACUAUGAGCCUGACGACGAUGUCAACGACGACAUGGUCGAUCUGGGCUUUCGUAUGGGCAGAGUUCGCAUCACAGAACGUAUUGGAGGACUUGUUCGUCCAAGAUUAUCGGAUGAGAGUUACCAGAUCGCGAAACUCCAUCUCUGUCUGCCAUCGAAGAAGACGCCGUAA